GUUUGUGUUGCACUCGUUGCAGUAGGAGGGUCCAUGUGCACAGAAUGACGUCGCUCUGACUUCAAGUCCUACCGAUUCCUUCGUUUGUUUUUAUUACUCUUUUUAUCCAGGGCACAGAAUCGGUAAUCUGCAAAAUUGAAGCCAUAAUGUGAGAUCAUCCGCCGCUGUCGUCCGACCCGUCGCUGUCGUUCGUCCUGUCAGGAGCAGCCGCUCGCUGUGGAGGAUUACUAGUGAUAAUACGCAGUAGACUUCUCCAGUGUGUCUAGCUGUCAAACUGAAAACUAUGUAUUGGAGAGAGUAGACAGAACACAUUUGUUGAUAUUUAUUGACUUUGCUUUGCGUGUCUUUUUUUGUCCUCUGGAUUAUCGCUGCCCAGCAACACGGCCACCUGACAACUCUGAAUGUCGUAAUUAAGGUGAAUCAAUGAGCCAGCAAUGGAGACCAAAAGAUACCAAAAUUUCUUUGAAGGAAGUGAUACAGAGAACAAAUGGUCACAGGUCCUUAGCACCAUGGAGCACUGCUGCAGUACAGAGGAUUCAAGUCUGACCAACAGUGAUAUCCUGAUGGACAUAGUCAAUGUUAGCUGCCCUGCUGGAAGCCCGACCACCGACUGCAAAGACAACAAUACAAAGAAGCAGGAGCAGCCAAUGAUUCGGCUCAGCCAGAACCAGCCAUUUGUUCUCCCACACUUCAACAACUCUCUCCAUGGUCAUAAGCAGGAAAUGGACUCCAAGGAGCUUUCCAAGACUGUGGCUGAGUCUAUGGGCCUGUAUAUGAAUGCUGCCAGGGAGGCAGACUUUGCCUUUAGCCAGCAUGGGGGCAGUACCAGCCCUGGGAAGAUGUUUCCUGUGUGUGGACGGCCUCUAGAGGACACCCAGUGUGGUUCUACAAAGAGCCCCAAGUUAAAGCCAUUUGGUUUCCAGCAGCCCAGCACCACUCCCAGAGAAUGCACCGCUGGGACUCCAGUUAGCUCAGCUUCAAUGCUAGCCUCAUCUCUGUCCUGCAGUCCCCAGACAUCCAGCUCCAUCUCUAGCCCAGGGGGCAGCAACAAUAUGGUGUCGUCAACCACCAGUCCUCAAACGUGCUUUGGACCAGUGUGCUCGUCCGUCAACAGUCCUGUAAGCCAGACGUCUUGUGCGGCAACUCUGGCCAACAUCAAGCGCAGGAAUUCAGCCACAUGUAGCCCUGUAGAGUCCAGCACAGUGGGCUCACCACCACUCACCAGCCCGCUCAAUGUCAUGAGAUCUCCUAUGUCCAGCCCCCAGAGUAUGAGUAGUGUGAGAUCGCCUCCGUCCUGCAGCACUACCUGUAACAUUAGGUCAUCGGUCUCGAGCCCCACAGGUGUCAGCUGCACCAGCGCUGCUAACAACUGCAACACAGUAAGGCCCUCCAUUUCCAGUCCGGCCACAGGGGGCAACAUGGCGGUCAGCAGCCCACAGAACCCCUCCUCAGGUGGGUUUCCUGUGUCCAGUCCUGCUGGUGGACUGGGUUUGGUGCAGAAUGACACCAACAGCCCAGAAGCAGCAGGUCUGAACAGAGAUACAGACUUCAAGAACUUUGAAUUCCCUAAAGUAGAGAUGGUAGACGGAGAGGUGUUCAACGUCGGCUUAGACCAGAUGGGCAUGGUUAAGUACAUUAAGAACGAGCCUGGAACUGACUUCAGGAGCAUGUGUUUAGGCAGCUCCAAAUGUAACGCGAGUAGCACACCUUUUAUCACACAGAUUAAGAGUGAGCCAAACAAAAAUGAAGGAUGUAUGAACCCACAGCCCUAUGGUGAACAGUCACCAUCUCUUGGUCUCUUUCCUGCAUCCGAGACCACAUAUUUGUCCCUGAGGAAUAACAUUGAUGAAUACAGUCUUUCUGGUAUCUUAGGACCCCCUGUCUCCUCUAUGAAUGGGAACUAUGAGCCCGAUGUGUUCUCCAACAAUGUCCUGUCUAAAGGGGUUAAGCAGGAGUCCACUGAUGGCAGCUAUUACCAAGAGAAUAACAGCAUGCCCACAUCGGCCAUUGUUGGAGUUAAUUCCGGUGGACAUUCAUUCCAUUACCAGAUUGGAGCACAAGGAACAAUGUCUUUCACACGGCAUGAUGUGAGGGACCAGUCCAACCCUUUGUUGAAUCUAAUUUCACCUGUAACGGCGUUAAUGGAGUCGUGGAAAUCUCGGCCAGGCAUGGUGCAGGGGUCACUGUCAGCCAGAGGUGAGGGAUACCCAGGUCAAAACUGCAUCACGGACAGCAUGAACAGCUCGCCACUGAGGCAACCGUCCUCAACGGCCAAAGUGUGCCUGGUUUGUGGAGACGAGGCAUCAGGAUGUCACUAUGGUGUCGUGACAUGUGGGAGCUGCAAAGUCUUCUUCAAAAGAGCAGUGGAAGGUCAGCACAACUACCUGUGUGCCGGGAGAAAUGACUGUAUCAUUGACAAAAUCCGAAGGAAAAACUGUCCGGCAUGUCGCGUACGGAAGUGUCUCCAGGCCGGGAUGAACCUAGGAGCACGAAAGUCCAAGAAGUUAGGGAAGCUGAAGGGAGUCAGCGAGGACCUGCAGGGCUCUAAGGAUGGCCAGACUGCCACAGGUGUCGUUGGAGGCGGUUACCUGUCCUCAGAGAAGGAGUUGAACGCCAGUGCUGCCAAUGCCCUGGUGCCCCACGGACCUGGGGUGGUCACACCUUUUCUGCCGCCCUCCAUCUGCAGUGUGUUGGAGCUGAUUGAGCCCGAAGAGGUGUACUCUGGCUAUGACAACACGCAGCCUGACACCACUGACCACUUGCUGUCAAGUCUCAACCGCCUGGCCGGAAAGCAGAUGGUACGCAUGGUGAAGUGGGCCAAAGUACUUCCAGGUUUUCGGGGCCUGCCCAUUGAGGACCAAAUCACCCUGAUCCAGUACUCAUGGAUGUGUCUGUCCUCGUUUUGCCUCAGCUGGCGCUCCUACAAACACACCAAUGGACAGAUGCUCUACUUUGCCCCUGACCUCAUCUUUAACGAGGACCGCAUGCAGCAGUCAGCCAUGUACGACCUGUGUAUGGGCAUGAGGCAGGUGAGCCAGGAGUUUGUACGACUGCAGCUAACCUAUGACGAGUUCCUCUCCAUGAAGGUCCUUCUGCUUCUCAGCACGGUUCCCAAAGAGGGUCUGAAGAACCAGGCGGCAUUCGAGGAGAUGAGGGUUAAUUAUAUUAAGGAGCUCCGGCGUUCAGUGGGAAAAGCAACCAACAACUCCGGCCAAACCUGGCAGCGCUUCUUCCAGCUCACCAAGCUACUGGACGCCAUGCAUGAUCUGGUGGGGAACCUGUUGGACUUCUGUUUUUACACCUUCCGUGAGUCCCAGGCCCUGAAGGUAGAAUUCCCCGAAAUGUUGGUGGAGAUCAUCAGUGACCAGAUACCAAAGGUGGAGUCAGGCCUCACUCACACAAUCUACUUCCACAAGAAGUGACUCACUCAACAGCUGAGAUAGAAGCAGCAUUAAGAACUGGAAGAGAAGAAGAACACGUGCGAGGAAGGCCUGAUCAGUUGGCCUGCACCCUGUCGCCCAGUAUGCCAGCGUCCUCGUCUUGGAUGGGAAAGUUAGGUGACGUGGUGACAGAAGUAAAAAGGGGAGAAUGAUUUGACCCUGCAGUCACCACGAGCAGGUCAGAGCUGUGAAUAGUACGCUGAGCCGAGCGUGACACGCCGAGAAGGACUUGAGACAAAUGUGACAAAGUAUCCUGAUGUACCCCCAACCCCACCCUGCCCCAAAGACAAUAACAGUGUUUUCUAUGGAGAUAAAGCCAUACAUUUCUUAGGAUGCGCUAGAUACAUUCAUUGUGCGCACACACACCCACACAAACACACGUAGAGGGAAAUUUACACACAUGCUGUUCACAUGCCUUCACACAAACGCACAGAUGCACUCCACAUGCAGUAAAAUUAGAUUCCCUUACAAAUCUAGAGAAAAUGUUUUAGCAAAUAUUAACUGUGGCUUAUGCAGUCUUUCAAAAUAAUAGCACUAUGAAAAAAAAUGCCAAUACUAGAUUUUGCUUUGCAGUGUAGCAACAUAUACUGCAAGACUACAGGGCAAAGGAUAUUAUGAGGAGGCACAGAAAUUCUAGACUGUAAGGCGAAAUGUCUAUUUGAAUAUAUUCCAAGGGCUAUACAAGCGUCAUCAUAAGCUGAAUAAUUACAUUAAAUCUAACAAGUCCAAGUUUGAAUCUCAAUCGGUGUCAUAACAGCCAUCAUUAACAUUCACAUACUGAGUUUUUUAAUUAAGAUAUGUAAUAAAACAAUCAAAACUAAUAUGCAAAAGUCCAAAGCUAAAGCUGUUUUGAAAUAAAAAUGUCUCUCUUGUGUAAAGAAAGCUUGCACGUGAAGCUACCAUGUCAUAAAGUCACUGUUUCAGGCAUUGUGGUGUAGAAUUAAGACAAUAUUGAUGAGCGAUUUUACCUUUGUGCAGAAAUGGUCAGGAGUGCUGCAGGAUGGAAAACAUCAUGCAUUUACGGAAAUAAUUUCAGUGGAGUCCGCAAGUAAUGGAUUUGACUGAGGUGCAUCCAUAGUAAUUGUGUUUUGUGUUAUCUCCAGAGCAGCUGUCCAAAUGUCUGUUUUUACUCACAAUGAAGCAAAACCAGCCCUUUGUGAACCAACACUUAUCUACUCUUCCCAGAAAUAAUAAAAAGCAUUUUAUAAAAGUGUGUUGCAAAGGUUUAGUUUUUGACAAGCCAGUCAUUUUACAUUAAGGUGCUUCAUUUCUACAAAGCCAGGCAAAACAUAACGUGUACAGUAACUCGUAGACAGUCCAUACAAUACACUAUAUGGACGCACAGUUUAAACACACAUACUCUGUAAAGUUGAUAUAAUCCAAAAUGGAGCAUUACUAUACAUUGCUUACAGCAAAUGGCUAAUGUAUCAAAACCAGGCAAAUGUGUACAGGUAUUAACAACUUCUUAAACACAUUCUAUUCAGCUGUUGUACAGAUGAUGUUUUGAGGUACGUGUUGAUGAAUGCUUGAUAAAGAACUGUUGGUAUGAUCACUUUUCCCAAUUAGUUUAUUUCCUCUCUCUUAUCUUUGGGCCAAGUACUACUAUUUUAGGUAUGGCAGGCCCAGUCAUCUGGACCAUUAACUUGUCUCACACCCCACUGGUUUCUGGGUGGUUAUAGAACACUACUAUGAUGCUACUGAAAAGCGAUAGAACCGCUGUGGAAGAAAACAGUGGGGGCGUGUAAUUAUUAUUUUUAAAUUUUUUUGUGCCCUGUGAGUGUGUAUUUACAUGUGUGAAUGAAGCGAGUAUGGCUUAAGUUUGUGUGUGUGUUUUUUCUUUCCUGGCAAGCAUGUGCAUAGUUGAUCUGCUCUUUCAGCGUGGGUAUUAUGCAUUUAUGUUAUAGGAUUAGCCGUAUCCUAUUUCCACAUUUAGAUUUGCACAGAAGAGAUACAAUGUGAAAUGAGGCAUUAGUGCAGCUAGCAGGAAUUUGUCUGUUUUGAUCAGCAACUGUGAUGAUGCAGGAAACUACUUUCUGCAUGGUCACCUGGCCUAAAGUUAGAAAACAUGACAUCACUGGCACAGCAGGGUGGUGGUAAACUAUAUUUGUGGCCUCUGCUAUGAUAAUGAUGGUGCUGUGCUGCACCAUGAGGUCUCUUCUGUGGUGGUAAUUGUGUCAAGAUUUGUGUACAAAGAGACGGAGGUGGCAAGAUUACAAGGGUCAUUAGGGACUGUAUGAAAAUUAUCCGGGGCGGGGGGGAGCUUAUGUAUUUUUAAUUUUUGCUCAAGGGAGGGUAGUCUAUAUUUGUUGGGAGACCAGGGAAGAGUGUUUCAACUUCUUCCCAGCCCAGAAUUAUAGCUUUCUCUGUCAGCAUUAACACACACGGCGCAUGGUCCUGAUCCUGUCUUUCAGUGGCUAUUAAAGACCUAAGACUUUAGGAGCUAUUUUCUUCAAAAAUCAACACUGGCUGUAUGGUCACUAUUUUGUUGUUUGCCAUAAAUAUAUGAUUUUGAGUUAUUGGGGAGAGGGCCCAAAGAAAAUAAUAAUAUUGAUGUGUAGGGUCCUUCUUAUUUAUGAAAGAAAAUAUAAGAUUCAGUCCCUCGCCCCUGCCCACUAAUUUUCGUACAGUCCCUUGUCAGAAAGGCCUCAUUUUACAAUCCGUCUUUGUUGUGUAUUAUUGUGUUGAAGUUGUGAAGGACCCUUAAGCUAAUCUCUCACUGUUUCUUUAUUUUGCCCCUUUUUACGGAAUAAAAAACUGUCUAAAGGUUCACAGGAUGAAUGGGAAAGUAUUUUUGAGAGAAUUAUAUUUUGCUGGAAAACAAUAUUUAAGUACUUUGUCUAAAAAUGAUAUCCUUUUUGUAAAAUGAAAUGUUAAUGCAUGCUUUUUGAUGAGAUGUUUACAUUGUAUUUAAAAAAGGGAAACUUGUGCCUUUUUAUCUCACCUGAUUUACAAUUUUACAGUAUAUAUUGUAAAUAAUACAGCAAGUCCUUAUGUUGAGUAUAGUAUAAAACAUUUCUACUUUAACCAUCUUGUUGGAAUAUUGGAAAAAUGUGUGUUUCCCACUCGCCAUGUUCUGUGUGUUGGAUCACAGAGAAGAAUUUACAGCGCCAGAAAGGGCCAAAUAGAGAAAUGAAUGUAUCAUACAUUGUGAGAGACUUAUGGAACUUACUACCUGAAUGUUAGAGAGAGGAGAGUACAUUUAUUAUCUUCAUAUUAAGUAAAGUUAUUUGAUUUUGCAUCUUUUUUUUUUUUUUUUUACUUUUUGCAUCAUUGUUCAAGUGGCUCAAACAAAAAAUUAUAAUUAUCAAAAAGUAUUUCUUAUUUUGUAACAAGAUGUAUCAAGUGAUGGAUCCUUGAGUUGUUUCUGUUGAAAUAAUUUCCUAGCCCAUGGCGGUAUUGUUGAUGAGCACCACAAUAAAAUCAAAAAAAUCAUAAACUAUUGAAAAAUGGGAUACAUGAAAAACAGUUCUUGACUUUUCAGUUUUAAAAUAGAAACUGUAGAAGAGAAUGUAGACCUGAAGUUUAGCCAAUUCAAAUUUGACCGUUUUGACCAGUUAUUUACUGGACAUAUAGCACUGCCAAAUUUCAAUCUUAAAAGAAACAAAUUCGGCCAAAGAAUGGCAAUGUAAAAAAUUAAAAAAGAUCUACAGAGAAAAAGGUCUCUAUACACAGUAGAUCCCUGAUAAUGACAACACUUACCAAUGAUGUGAUCAAGCCCCUUAAAGGUACUAUGUGAAGCAACUAACAUGUAUUAAUCACUUUGUGUUGCCAAUGUGUGAACAGAUUGUAACGUAACUUAAAAACCUUCCCUGACUUUCUUGGCUGAGUAUGGACUGAUUUCUAUGUAAAGGACUCGGGACAGUUUUGCCCGGAAAAUCCAGAGGAUGUGAUGUUCAUGCGUGCUCCCGAGUGCCUUGCCUCUCUUGACCUCCCCAUCAGCAGCAACAGUGUGCAACACUAAUUAACAUUAGCUUAGAAGUGGAGUCCGCUAACAUCAACAAACUGACUGACACCCACCCAUGAUAGCUACAGUAGCUUGAAAAUAGCAAUAUGGGGCACUGAAUUAGAUUAAUAUAGGCCUACUGCUUAUCAGAUCCACAAGUAAGACAAGAAUUAGUUUAGAAAAAUGAGAUGCGAGCAACAGAAUGCUGACUGCAGGCCACCGGUGUCAUAAAUAAAAAGGAGUUUUUGAAAAUUCCACAUAGUACCUUUAAAGACCCUUUUGCCCUCCAGAAAUGUAGGCUUUGACUGUUGGCAAUUUCAUUUUUUUCAAGGAAUAGUUAGGGAAAUACCCUUAUUCCUUUUCUUGCCAAGAGUUAGAUGACAAGUUUGAUACCACUCUCAUGUCUGUAUGGUAAAUAGGAAGCUACAGCCAGGAGACUCUUAGCUUAGCUUAGCAUAAAGACUGGAAAAAGGGGGAAUCAGCUAGGCUGGCUCUGUCCGAACGUCAGAAGGUUUAAUCCACAUAUCAUCACCUCUGAAGCUCAAUACAGAACAUGUACUGUAACUUGUUGGUUUAAUUUAUAGGAAAACCUAUAAAGACUUGUUAAUUAAGUAAUGAUAUAUACAGGUGUGGGUAAGCAGAUUUUUUUUUUUUUACCUUUGGACAGAUCGAAGCUAGCGGUUUCCCUCUGUUUCCAGUCUUUAUGCUAAGUUAAGCUAACCUUCACUUGGCUGUAGCUUCAUAUUUCCCUUACAGACAAGAGUGGUAUCAAUCUUCUAAUCUAACCCUCAAUAAGAAAGCAUAUAAAUGUCAAACUAUUCCUUUAAAGAAACAAAAUUUAUGAAGUGUCUGUUUAUUGGCCAUCAAUCACCCCCUACUGCAAACAAAACACACACAAAAAAAACCUUUCCCCUAGUGGAGGAGAAACGUUAUCUUAAAAGCUGUCUCCAUCUAAAUGAACUCCUUUUAGGCAUGAAUGACUCAGAAUGUGUUCAACUGCUGUUCCACAGUACACUAUCGCGUCACUGUAUGUGGAGUCACGUCAUUGGCAUUUUCUGUUCACGGCGAUGAAUCGGGUGUAGAGAGACUAAGCCAUAUCUCCACAGCCAUGGCAGUGCAUUUCUUAUUAAUAUAUAAAUAUAUACAAAUGCUUUUUUUUCCAAUUCCAAAAAUGACUUUCUACUCAGAUGCUUUGUACAAUAUUUCUCAGCAACUAUCCAGCAAACAUACAGUAGACAUCCUUCAACAUAAACCAAUAAAAUCUUUGAAACCAGUUACUACUGUAUAUCUUGAUGCAGAUAUUGCCAUAUUUGUGUUUGCAAAACUAUUGCAAGAUUCUAAUAAAACUGUUAAACUGAUAAGUUGA